AUGAGACUGAGCAUUCAGGCAGAAGAAUAUUGCAUGCAGAAACCUGCCAUUAAGAGAGAGCAUGGCAGUUCUAACAAGUUGAAAGACACUCAAAAAGGCUACAGCAUGGAAUCCAAGGAGGGAGUCCCAGCUCUGCUGACUAUCUUAUCAGCAUCUACUCAAACAGAAGCUCGAGCAUUGCUUGAGCAGCCCCGACUGGAUGGGCAGCUCUCCGAGGAUGCCCUUGCUCCUGCAGGGAACCUACUAGCAAGGAGGUUUGCUUGCUUUGCGCAGAGGCUGAGCCACAGGAGAAAGCAAAGCCAAUGUGAUUUAUUGAAUGAAAGCUCUGGACAAUUACCAACAACUUGUUCCCCUGCUGCCUUGAACAGCCUAAACUGGAACCUCUGUGUGAAAAUGACCCAACAAAUGCAGAAUUUACAUCUUUCUCAGUCAAAGAAACAUAGCACCCCAUCAUCUCCCAACGCUGCCAAACGCCUGUACAGGAACCUUUCUGAGAAACUUAAGGGGAGCCAUUCUUCGUUCGAUGAGGCCUAUUUCAGAACAAGAACUGACCGGCUAAGUCUCAGAAAGACCUCAGUGAACUUCCAAGGCAGUGAAGCCAUAUUUGAAGCAGUUGAACAGCAGGACAUGGAUGCUGUACAGACCCUCCUGUACCAGUAUACGCCUGAAGAACUAGAUCUCAAUACACCUAACAGUGAGGGAUUAACACCACUGGAUAUUGCCAUCAUGACCAACAAUGUGCCCAUUGCUAAGAUUCUUCUGAAGUCAGGAGCCCGAGAAAGUCCACACUUUGUCAGCCUGGAAAGUCGAGCAAUGCACCUCAACACACUGGUGCAGGAGGCCCAGGAGAGGGUGAGUGAACUGGCUGCUCAGGUGGAGAACGAAGGAUUCAGUCUGGACAACACAGAGAAAGAGAAACAGCUGAAAGCUUGGGAAUGGAGGUAUCGGCUGUACAGACGCAUGAAAACGGGCUUCGAACAUGCCAGAGCCCCUGAGGUGCCAACCCACGCCUGUCUCAUGGUAACCAGCAGCACAUCACUCACUGUCAGCUUCCAAGAGCCUCUCAGUGUCAACGCAGCUGUAGUAACCAGAUAUAAAGUGGAAUGGAGCAUGUCUAAAGACUUUUGUCCAUUGGCUGGUGAAAUCAUCAUGGAAAACUUACAGACCCUGAGAUGCACAAUCACAGGACUUACAACGGGCCAACCGUAUUUUGUCCAAGUCUCCGCUUACAACAUGAAGGGAUGGGGAGCUGCUCAGACCACGACACCAGCACAUGCAGCUCCUUCUAACUGGAAAGACUAUGACGACAGAGAGCCCAGACACAAGGGACAAAGCGAAGUUUUGGAAGGUCUGCUGCAGCAGGUCCGAGCCCUUCAUCAGCAUUACAGUUGCCGGGAAAGUUCAAAAUUACAAACUGCCGGCCGCAAGCAGUCAGUCUCAAGGAGCCUGAAACACCUAUUCCAUUCCUCAAACAAGUUUGUGAAAACCUUAAAACGGGGACUCUACAUAGCUGUUAUAUUUUAUUACAAAGACAAUAUGUUAGUCACCAAUGAAGAUCAAAUACCGAUUGUUGAAAUAGAUGACUCUCAUACCAGUUCCAUUACACAGGAUUUUCUGUGGUUCACAAAGCUGUCUUGUAUGUGGGAAGAUAUAAGAUGGUUGAGGCAAAGUGUACCUAUCUCCAUGUCUUCAUCCACAGUACUACAGACUCGGCAGAAGAUGCUCGCAGCAACAGCCCAGCUACAGAAUUUACUUGGAACACACAACUUGGGAAGAGUUUACUAUGAGCCCAUUAAAGACCGGCAUGGGAACAUCCUCAUAGUUACCAUCAGAGAGGUGGAGAUGCUCUAUUCAUUUUUUAACGGCAAAUGGAUGCAGAUCUCAAAGCUCCAAAGUCAGAGGAAGUCUUUGUCAACACCUGAGGAACCAACAGCCUUAGACAUUUUACUGAUAACCAUCCAGGAUAUUCUCUCCUAUCACAAAAGAAGUCAUCAACGUCUCUCUCCUGGAUUAUAUCUGGGUUACCUAAAGUUAUGUAGCUCUGUGGAUCAGAUCAAAGUACUCGUUACCCAAAAGUUACCCAACAUUCUCUGUCAUGUGAAGAUCCGAGAAAACUAUAACAUUUCCAAGGAGGAAUGGGAAUGGGUCCAAAAGCUUUCUGGCUCUGAAUCUAUGGAAAGUGUGGAUCAUACUUCUGACUGCCCCAUGCAAUUGUUCUUCUACGAGCUCCAGAUGGCAGUGAAAGCUCUCCUUAAGCAGAUUAAUAUACCUCUACACCAGGCAAGGAACUUCCGCCUCUACACACAGGAGGUGUUGGAAAUGGGUCACAAUGUGUCCUUUCUUCUCCUGCUCCCUGCCUCAGACGACGUCUGUACAGCCCCAGGACAGAAUAAUCCUUACACCCCACACUCAGGGUUUCUUAACCUCCCUCUUCAGAUGUUUGAACUUGGUAUAGUAGCUUGUUUCACCUAG